AUGGCUUCCGAAGCCGCGUCUCAAGUCACUAUUGGUGCUCUUAGUGCCAUUUUUGAUCAAAGCAAACCUCAAGUGCGGGAGCCGAUUAUCAAGGCUUUGCCAGCUCAACCAGGGCAAGCAGAUCGGUAUCGAGCCGUGUUCAGUGAUAUUGCAAACUAUGUUCAAACAAUGCUUGCUACUAAGGCCAAUCCUUUGGUGGUAGAUGGGUCUCUCCGCAAGGGUUGCUUUGUGCGACUCAAGUCUUUUCAAUCAAAUUCUGUCAAGGGCAAGAACAUUCUCAUCAUCUUGGAGCUUGAAGUUCUAAAGGAACUGGGCGAGGCCGAAAAAAUUGGCGAACCCAAGCCACUUGAAGUCAAAGCUAGAGAAGAGGAAGCUGCUCAAUCUACAACGAUCUCCAGCAAUGGGUUUUAUGGCUCCAAGAUGGAAAGCCCACAAGUUGGGCCAACAAGUCGAGCUCAGCCAAUGCCUACUCGUGCGCCUACCUCCGCUCAUGCCACAAUUUAUCCGAUCGAAGCCAUCUCCCCUUAUUCCAACAAAUGGACGAUGAAAGCGAGAUGCACGAACAAGUCGCAGAUAAAAACAUGGCACAACAAGAAUGGUGAAGGUAAACUGUUCAGUGUAAACUUAUUGGAUGACAGCGGUGAAAUUCGUGCAACUGGCUUCAAUGAACAGUGUGAUAUGCUCUAUGAGCUCUUCCAAGAGGGCAGUGUUUAUUACAUUUCGAGUCCCUGUCGCGUUCAAAUUGCCAAGAAGCAAUUCUCAAACCUCAACAACGACUACGAGCUCACUUUUGAGAGAGAUACCAUCGUCCAGAAGGCCGAGGAGCAAAACGAUGUCCCUCAAAUCCGUUUCAACUUCACCACUGUUGCUGAUUUACAAACUGUCGAGAAAGACACGACCACUGAUGUUAUUGGCGUGCUGAAGGAUGUUGGGGAGACAUCCCAGAUUACAUCUAAAAGCACAGGAAAACCUUAUGACAAGCGCGAAAUCACCCUGGUCGACAACACAGGAUUCUCUGUCCGUUUGACAAUUUGGGGUGCCACUGCGAAUAACUUCAACGUGGCGCCCGAGUCCGUCGUUGCUUUCAAGGGAGUCAAGGUUUCUGACUUUGGUGGAAGGAGCCUGAGUCUUUUGAGCUCGGGCUCAAUGACCGUUGACCCUGAUAUUGGUGAGGCUCACAAACUCAGAGGCUGGUAUGAUGCCCAAGGCAGGUCGGAGAACUUCACGUCCCACGCUUCAUUGUCAGGCGCAACCAACUCUUCCACCAAGAAUGAUCAAUUCAAAACUAUCGCACAGGUCCGGGAAGAACAGCUUGGCAUGUCUGAGAAGCCCGAUUACUUCUCUCUCAAAGCAACCGUGAUCUACAUCAAACAAGAUUCCACCUGGUGCUAUCCAGCCUGUCUUUCUGAGAAUUGCAACAAGAAAGUCACUGAAAUUGAUCCUGGUCAAUGGCGAUGCGAAAUGUGCGACAAGACCCAUCCCAAGCCGGAAUAUCGUUUCAUCAUGCCUAUAAGUGUCAGUGAUCAUACUGGCCAGCUUUGGCUGAGCUGCUUUGAUGACACUGGAAGAACUAUCAUGGGUACAACCGCCGAUCAGCUGAUGCAACUCCGCGAAGACGAUCAAGCUGCUGUCGGUGAAGUCUUCCAAGGAGCCAAUUGUCAAACCUGGAGCUUUAGGUGUCGAGCUAAGAUUGACAACUUCGGUCUCAUCUUGCCAACCGAUAAAUUACUCGGAAGAAGCUUCUCGCCUCACCAAUCUCAUCAACUCCUACAACCUCCAUUCAUCAUGGGAAAACGAAGUCACGAGUCAGCUGAGCAGAGGCCGACCAAAAAGUCGAAGUCCGAAAAGCCACCGAAAGCUUCCAAAACCAAGGAAGAAAAGGCGGAGAAGACAUCCUACUCUGAAUCUCCUGCUCUCACCCAAUUGCCUCAGUCUGAAAUCGAUACUUUCCUGGCUGCCAAUGUGAUCAAAGUCACCGAUCCUUCGCCCGAUGCACCUAAUUUCCGCCCACUCCUUUCGUUUGAUCACCUCCCCGAAGGCAACGAUAGCCUGGAUGGUCUGUACGCUGAAUUGAAGGCCUUCCCCGCGCCCACGCCGAUUCAAUCCACUACUUGGCCCCUUCUUUUUGCUGGCCGUGACGUUAUCGGUAUUGCAGAGACUGGAAGUGGCAAGACCUUGGGCUUUGGUUUGCCAUGCCUCAAGAAAUUGCUUGAUUCCAAUUCAAGCAAGAAGCCUUGUCAGCCGAAGGCCGUGAUUAUCUCCCCAACCCGCGAGCUUGCGAUGCAGAUCUAUGAUCAGCUUGUCAAAUUCGGUGGUACCGAGAAGACCCAGGUCACAUGUAUUUACGGAGGUGUUGGAAAGGAUGAGCAGCGUCGUGCCCUUCAAAAGGCAGCUAUUGUGGUUGCCACACCUGGACGUCUCAAGGAUCUUCAAAAUGAUGGUUCCAUCGAUCUUGGCAAGGUCAAUUACCUUGUAUUGGAUGAGGCGGAUCGCAUGCUUGACAAAGGAUUUGAGCAGGACAUCAAGGACAUUGUCAAGCCAAUGCCAGUCUCCAGAAGACAGACUGUCAUGUUUACGGCUACAUGGCCUCGGUCCGUUCGUGACCUUGCGGCAACCUUCAUGAAAUCACCGGUGACUGUCACCAUUGGCGGAGAUCCAUCUGCCGAUCCCCGAGCCAACACCAGGAUCAAGCAAGUCGUUGAAGUCAUGGACCCCAGAGAGAAGGAGGGCCGACUUAUCCAGCUUCUCAGCAAGUCCCAGCGGGGUCAGAAUCCCGAGAAGGUUUUGGUUUUCUGUCUCUACAAGAAGGAGGCUAUGAGAAUCGAGAAUCUUAUCCGAAACAAGGGCUUCAAAGUUGCUGGUAUCCACGAUAGAUUCCGCAAUCUUGACGCCUUCAAAAAGGGAGCCGCGACUGUUCUUGUUGCGACCGAUGUGGCUGCGCGUGGUCUUGAUAUUCCAGCUGUGAUGUUGGUAAUUAACGUUACCUUCCCUCUUACCGUCGAGGAUUACGUGCAUCGUAUUGGAAGAACUGGACGUGCUGGUGCCGAGGGUCAUGCCAUUACCAUGUUUACUGAAACAGACAAAGGACUGUCUGGCGGAUUGAUCAAUGUGCUCAAGGCCGCUAAGCAAGAUGUGCCAGAGGAUCUAUUGAAGUUUGGUACCACCGUCAAGAAGAAGCAGCACGACGCCUACGGUGCCUUCUUCAAGGAUGUUGAUCUGGAUGCAAAGGCAACAAAGAUCACAUUUGACGAUUGA